AUGGCCCCUUCCGUCCUCCGCCUCGCCUCGUGGCUCGCCGCCGCCGUCAGCGUCUCCGCUGCCCCUCUCCAGCCUCGCGCCGUCAUCGACCAUGACGCCGUCGUUGGCUUCCCCGAGACCGUUCCUUCAGGCACCGUCGGUAACUUGUACCUCAAGUACAAGCCCUACCUCAAGGUCGUGAACGGAUGCGUUCCCUUCCCCGCUGUCGACUCUGCCGGUAACACUGGCGGCGGUCUCGCGACCUCCGGCUCCUCCAACGGCGGCUGCUCCUCGAGCACCGGCCAGGUCUACGCCCGCGGCGGCACCUACAACGGCGCCUACGCCAUCAUGUACUCGUACUACAUGCCCAAGGACUCGCCCUCCACCGGCCUCGGCCACCGCCACGACUGGGAGAACACGGUCGUCUGGCUCUCCGCCGCCUCCGAGUCCGCCACCGUCCUCGGCGUCGCCGUCUCCGCCCACGGCGACUACGACACCAAGACCUCCGGCAUCUCCUUCACCGACACCACCCACCCCCGCGUCGGCUACCAGAGCACCUGGCCCGUCAACCACCAGAUGAUCUUCACCAGCGAGCAGGGCGGCCAGCAGCCCCUCAUCGCCUGGGAGUCGCUCACCAGCGCCGCCCGCACCGCCCUCGAGAACACCGACUUCGGCAGCGCCAACGUCCCCAUGAAGGAGGGCAACUUCAACAACAACCUCGGCAAGGCCGCUUUGUAA